GCAAGUUUGGACAUGGCGGCCUCAGCGGUCGGGGCGGGGAUGGACAUGGGCAAGUUGGCCUUCCCCAGGGGGCAAAUCGAGAACUGGGGUGAUUCUGGCGUUGUCGUCACCAGCCUGAGGACAGACACCUCCACUGACGUCGAUGCCGAUGAAGGGAAUCAGGCGGUUGGAGCUAGUCAACAAGGGGCUGUUGUGUGUCUGGAUUCGUCUGCUGCGUCAAGGGAGAAAACAGGGGAACAUAAGACACUUCGUAGGCUAGCUCAAAAUCGCGAGGCUGCACGGAAAAGCCGCUUGAGGAAAAAAGCAUAUGUUCAGCAGCUAGAGAAUAGCCGUUUGAAGUUGAUACAACUUGAGCAGGAGCUUCAACGAGCACGACAGCAGGGGAUCUUUAUUGCAGGUGGAUUCUUGGGAGAUCAUAGUUAUCCAGUUGGUGGAAAUGGGGCCAUGGCAUUUGAUAUGGAGUAUGCCCGAUGGCUUGAUGAACAUCAACGUCAGAUUAAUGAACUGAGGUCAGCAUUAAAUGCUCAUGUGGGUGAUGAUGAGCUGCGGCUUCAUGUUGAUGCUGUGAUGACACAUUAUGAUGAAGUUUUUAGGCUCAAAAGCAUCGGUACAAAGUCUGAUGUCUUCCACAUGCUUUCAGGCAUGUGGACAACCCCUACAGAGAGGUGUUUCAUGUGGUUGGGGGGAUUCAGAUCAUCUGAACUUUUAAAGAUACUAGCAAACCAUCUUGAACCUUUGACAGAUCAGCAGUUGAUGGGUUUAUGUAACCUUCAGCUGUCAUCCCAACAGGCUGAGGAUGCCUUGUCUCAGGGAAUGGAAGCCUUGCAGCAAUCUCUUUCAGAUACCCUUGCUUCAGCUUCUCUUGGGCCAUCUGCUGGUUCUGAUAAUGUUGCUAAUUACAUGGGCCAGAUGGCGAUUGCUAUGAGCAAGCUAGGGACGCUAGAGAGCUUCCUUCGGCAGGCUGAUCUUUUGCGGCAGCAGACCUUGCAUCAAAUGCAUCGCAUAUUAACGACCCGUCAAGCAGCCCGUGCACUGCUGGCCAUCAGUGACUACUUCUCUCGCCUUCGGGCACUUAGCUCUUUAUGGCUGGCUCGCCCUAGGGAUUAGUACUAAUUAUAUUUGUAAAGGGAAUAGAUAAUAUAUGAUUAAGAUGUAGGUGAUGGCACAGUGGAGUAAUUUUGAUGGUGUGAGCAAACUGAGGAAGGGCCUCUUUGGAAGAAGGAUGAAUGUGCUUCAUUGUUCUAUUCUUCGAUUUCAUGCCUCAUGAUAACUAUAAUUAAUGAUUUAUAUAGAUGCAUUUGAGUUAUAAUGCUUAUAAUGCUUGAUUGUCUUUGUUAAAAGUGCUGUAUGCAUGUGCAAGGACUGUGCUAGUUUAAGUAAUG